GAGAGAGAGAGAGGCAGAGGGAGGAGAGAUGCGGCGUCAGUCAGCUGCAGUAGGCAGAGGACAGCGGCAGCAGUAGCAGCAGUAGCUGCUGUUCACUAUUGUUCAGCCAGAGCAUUCUUCUUUUCGCUCCAGCCAACCAGAGGAGCAGAAGCCCAGGAAAUCCACCACACGCUCCGUUCCUUCAGGGAGCACUAACUGAAGAGGCACGCAAACUCUUUCAGUCUUUUCAGUGCGACUGAACUUCUUUCUCUGCUCUCGUUGGGGUUUAUUUUUCUCCCGACCGAGUGGAUUUUACCCGACUCAGGGGAGCCAUGGGACUUGGGGUUAGGGGUGCAAGGACAGUGUCCCUGUGUUUAUGGAGGUUAUUUUUACUACUCUGUGGAAUCUGGACCGCUUACUCCCAAACGACAGGAGUUGGGAAGUCUCUGUACUUCUGGGAGACAGGUCCAUGGGGCAGAUGUAUGGGCAGCGAGUGUGGUCCAGGAGGUAGUCAGAGUCGGGCGGUGUGGUGCGCUCAUGUGGAAGGCUGGACGACCCUUCACACCAACUGCCUUCAGUCCACACGACCGGCCAACCAACAGAGCUGCUUCCGCGUCUGCGACUGGCACAAGGACCUUUACGACUGGCGGCUAGGCGAGUGGAACCAGUGUGUUCCCGUAUCGCUACGGACCGGCCGCACAGGCGUUUGCCUGCAGGGUGAAGAGGGCAUCCAGACGCGAGAGGUGAACUGUGUGCUCAAGGCGGACAGCUCAGCUGCCGACGAUGCCAUCUGUGAGUACUUUGAGCCCAAAGCCCGGCAGGAACAGGCCUGUUUAAUUCCUUGCCCUCAAGACUGUGUGGUGACCGAGUUCACCCCGUGGACCACGUGCUCCAAGACCUGCGGGCUGGGCCUGCAGAACCGGGUCCGCUCUGUUGUGGCGCCGCCGCUUUUUGGCGGGCUUCCCUGCCCCAAUCUGACGGAGUUCCAGACAUGUGUACCGAGGGCCUGCGAGGGCAGAGAGACGGUGUUCAGUCUGAAAGUGGGCGGAUGGAGCGAGUGCAAGAUGCUGUCUUUACAGCCACCUCUGAGCUCCUCUGCCGCCCCCUUGCGCAACGCCCGCCAAGCCCGCCGGCGGAAAAGCAAAGAGAGGAAAGGGAACCGGGACCCGGAGAUGCUAGACCUUAUCAAGAGCAAAAGGAACCGCAACAAGCUGAAUCGAUUAGAGGACAACCUCUGGAAUAUGGAAAUAGGCUACCAGUCUCGGCAAGUGGUGUGUGUGCAUCGAAACGGAAGCACGGUGUCACUCAGCCAGUGUCCCCACUGGAGUCUUCCGGAGACGUUCCAGUCCUGUCUGAUGACUAAAGACUGUGUGGUCAGUGAAUGGAGCAUGUGGGGCUCCUGCUCAAAGACCUGCUCAGACCCCAGUGUUCCUCAGGGCACACGCUCCCGCAGCAGACAGCUGAUACGGCUUGCUAGCGGAGGAGGGUCUGAGUGUCCCCAGCUGGAGGAAACCCAGGCCUGUGAGCCUGAAGGGGACGGGGUGCCACCCUGCACCAUUUCUGCCUGGCGGAGCACUGAAUGGAGCGAGUGUCGUGUUGAUGCGCUGCUCAGCCAGCAGGACCGGCGGCGUGGGAAUCAGACGGGUUUGUGUGGUGGAGGUGUGCGGAGCAGAGAAGUGUACUGCGUCCAGGCCAAUGCAGAACUUCUCAGCUACAUCUAUAACAACAAAGACAAACAAGCUACAGAAGGUCAGUCUCCAAACAGCCAGAUGCCUAGUGCCCCUCCCCUCCUGUCUGUCACCUAUGAGGUCUCAGCAUCAAAACCCGUAGACGUUCAGCUCUGUAAGGGCACGACUCCGAGUACCACGCAGCUGUGUCACAUCCCGUGCCCUGUGGAGUGUGAAGUGUCCCUGUGGGGCGCCUGGGGGCCCUGCACCUUUGAGAAUUGUGAUGAACGCGUCGUGAAGAAAGGUUUCAAGUUCAGACGACGCACGAUCACUAAUUACCCCACGGGUGGUGAGGGGAACUGUCCUCAUCUGGUGGAGGCCGUCCCGUGUGAUGAACCCAGCUGUUUUAGCUGGCAGCUGGUCAAACUAGAGGAGUGUAUCCCUGAAGAAGACAUGGAGUGUGGAGAGGGAACACAGACUCCACAGGUCCGCUGCGUCAACAGCCAAGGUACAGAGGUGGAGAAGGAGAUGUGUGUGGAUGAGGUCUAUCCUUCAUCUGUGCCCUGUGUGGUUCCCUGCCCUAAAGACUGCGCUCUCAGUCUCUGGACCGAAUGGUCCACCUGCUCUCAGACCUGCUCCAGCAAAACCGCCGAGGGCAAGCAGAUGAGAACCCGAGCCAUACUGGCUUACAAUGCAGGAGAAGGAGGUUCCAGCUGUCCGAACACCAGCGCCCUGCAGGAGGUGCGGAACUGUAAUGAGCAUCCUUGCAUUGUGUAUCACUGGCAAACGGGCCCGUGGGGACAGUGUGUGGAGGACACCACAACAUCCACCCUAAAUUCCUCCUCCGGCACAGAAAAAUCCCCUUGCACCAUGGGUGUGCAAACGCGGAAGGUCAUCUGCGUAAAAGUCAACGUUGGGCAGGUUCCGCCCAAAAAAUGUCCUGAAGCCCCUCGGCCAGAGUCUGUACGACCCUGUCUGCUGCCCUGCAAGAGAGACUGUAUCGUCACACCCUUCAGUGAAUGGACAGAGUGUCCCGCAUCCUGUGAAACGGGUGCAACUGGGCAGAAGAAUAAACAGUUUCGCUAUCGAAUGAUCAUCCAGAUGUCAGCUAAUGGAGGUCAGGAGUGUCCAGAUGUCCUCUAUGAAGAGAAAGACUGUGCGACUCCAUCUGUCUGUCCGGGAUACAGGUGGAAGAUGCACAAGUGGCGUAAAUGUCAGCUGGUCCCAUGGAGCAUCCGCAGAUACAGUAAAGGAGCUCAGGAGAACUGUGGAGCUGGAGUCCAAACUAGAGCUAUCUCGUGUAGGCAGCUGGAUGGUACGGUGGCUGAUGUGGUUCAGUGUCUGAAGUUUGCCAGCAGCAUGCCGGUUACGAGCCAGCCCUGCACGUUACUAUGCCGAGACGACUGCCAGCUCUCCAACUGGUCCAAGUUCUCUCCUUGCACCUCAGACUGCGUAGGGGUCCGUUCACGGAGGAGAGCUCUCGUGGGAAGAAGUAAGAAGAAGGAUAAGUGUAAGAACGGCCAGAUGUACCCGCUGAGCGAGACCCAGUACUGCCCCUGUGACAAGUACAACGCCCAGCCGGUGGGAAACUGGUCUGACUGCAUCCUGCCCGAGGGCCGCGUGGAGAGCGCCGUGGGCAUGAGGGUCCAGGGAGACGUUAAAGAGUGCGGACAGGGCUACCGAUACCAGGCCAUGGUGUGCUACGACCAGGACAACAGGCUCGUGGAGACUUCACGCUGUAACAGUCACGGGUAUAUAGAGGAGGCCUGCAUCAUCCCCUGUCCGUCUGAUUGUAAACUCAGUGAAUGGUCCAACUGGUCGCGCUGCAGUAAAUCCUGUGGCAGUGGGGUCAAAGUUCGCUCAAAAUGGCUCAGAGAAAAGCCUUACAAUGGAGGAAGACCCUGUCCAAAACUGGAUCACCUUAACCAGGCACAGGUCUAUGAGGUGGUCCCCUGCGUCAGUGACUGCAGUCAGUAUAUUUGGGUAGCUGAACCCUGGAGUGUGUGGAAAGUCAGUAACGUGGAUCUGAAGGAGAACUGUGGCGAAGGCGUUCAGACCAGAAGAGUCAGGUGUAUGUUGAACACAGUGGACGGUCCCUCAGAUGCGGUGGAGGACUAUCUGUGUGAUCCAGAGGAGAUGCCACAGGGCACGAGGGAGAGCCGCCUGCCCUGUCCCGAGGACUGUGUGCUGUCCGACUGGAGCCCCUGGACGCCAUGUGACCUGCCAUGUUCUGGAAGAGGAGAUCGAGAGAGGACAGCGUUUGCCCUGCGUCUGCCUAAAGAGGGAGAGGACUGUCCGGUUAGCAUGCAGACCGAGCCCUGCCUCCUGAACCACAACUGCUUUCACUACAGAUACAACAUCACCGACUGGAGCACGUGUCAAUUAAGUGCCAACGCUGUGUGUGGAAUCGGUCUCAAGACGAGGAUGCUGGACUGCGUUAGAAGUGACGGCAAAUCUGUUGACCUCAAGUACUGCGAAGAGCUGCGCUUAGAGAAGAAAUGGCAGAUGAAUGCUUCCUGUACGGUGGAGUGUCCAGUCAACUGUCUGCUCUCUGAUUGGUCAGCAUGGUCAGACUGCUCACAGACCUGUGGACUUGAAGGGAAGAUGUGGCGGAGACGGACGGUGGUUGAGGCGUCUCAGGGGGACGGCAGGCCGUGUCCGUCUCAGAUGGAGCAGUGGAAGCCGUGUCCUGUACGACCCUGUUACAGAUGGCAGUACGGCCCAUGGUCCGAGUGCCGUGUUGAGGAGGUGGUGUGCGGGGUGGGCCUGCGUUUCCGGAACCUGACGUGCUUUGUAUCAGACGGCUCCGGCGAUGGGAAGAGCAGCACUGUAGAGGAAGAGCUCUGCGCUGGAUUGGAGCAGGCCGUCGAUGGAGAUAAGAAUAUUAUUCUGGAGGAGACCUGCACCUUACCCUGCCCUGGGGACUGUUACCUGAUGGAGUGGUCCGACUGGAGCCCGUGUCAGAGUGUGUGUGUGAAGGGUCAGCGUUUGGACUUCACUCCGGUGCAGGUCCGCUCACGUGCCGUCAUCGCACAGGAACCGGAGAACAUCGCUCAGUGCCCCGAUCAGGAGUGGCAGACCCGGCCCUGCAGCAUUGGUGAGUGUUAUGAGUACCAGUGGAUGGGCAGUCCUCAGCUGAUCUGGUGUCAGCGCUCAGAUGCAAUAAACGUCACAGGUGGAUGUCCUCCAGUGCUACUGCCGGGGACGGACCAGUCAUGUGAUCCACCUUGUGACAAACCACAGACAUUCUGCUCAGAGGAGGGUGCAUGUAUAUGCAAGGAGGGCUACACUGAGGUGCUGACUGCCGAGGGGAUUCUGGAGCAGUGUACACUCAUUCCUGUGCUCGAAAUCCCCUCUGCAGGGGACAAGAAAUCUGAUGUGAAGACUAGCCGGGCCAUCAACCCCACCCUGUCCACCACAGAACAGCCUGGCCUUGUCGGACGCACCUGGUACCUGCAACCCUUUGGACCAGAUGGAAAGUUGAAGACGUGGGUGUACGGAGUGGCGGCAGGUGUCUUCGUCCUCCUGGUAUUUAUAGUAUCAAUGAUUUACCUCGCAUGCAAAAAGCCAAAGAAGCCUCAGCGAAGACAAAACAAUAAUCGACUGAAACCCCUGACCCUGGCGUAUGACGGAGAUGUGGACAUGUAGCCUUUCUCGUGAAAACUAACAUCAUGAAAAUAUCAUCAGCAAAUGGAUGAAUCUCAUGAAAACAUGUCCAGGUCACAUUAAACCCCAAAUUAAAAAAAAACAAAAACAAUAAGUAAUUAUAUUUUCAAAAUGACAUUAUUUCUUUAAUAAUGAAAAUUAAGCACUUUCUUCCUAAAUUAUUAUUAUAUUAUAAUUAUAAUUUUAAACAUGCAUUACUUUCAGUGUUUUUAUUAUUCUCAGUGUUUUUUUUUAUUAUUAUUAUUAUUGAAAUACGAAUAAACUAAAGGCUGUAUAACAAUUAUUAUGAUGUAUUAAUACUUAAUUAGUGAAAUAUAGUAAAAUAUGAGUUUUUAAAUGACAAUACAAUUACAAAAAUAAGAGUUUGGGGUAAAAGUGCUUAAUUCUCAUAAAAAUAUCACAAUGCACAAAAGUCUUUAGGCUUCAUGUUUUGUUUAUGAAAAAUAUAAUUUCAUCUUCUUCUUCUUCUUAUUAUUAUUUUAACAUUUGUAUUUGGGGUAAAGUAUAACCCAGAAGUAAUCUUGAGAUUCACCCAUAUAAUCCUCCAAAUGGGAAAUGCCUAACCAUCUCAAAUACUGGACCCUAAAUGCUUGAAUUCAACCUAGAAGAAGAACAUCCAAAAGCCACAGACCAUAACCUUCAGAUUUCAUACUGUUUUUACUUCAUGUUCCUGUUCUGGAAGAGCCUUUAAACACAUCUCCACACGCUGUGAGAUCAUGCCUUUCUUUAUAUUCAGUUCCUUACAAGUAUUUGUCAGUUGUGCAACUGCAGACGACGGAUCAGGAACUUAUCUGAACAACUUUCUUCCAACAUGUGCUUCCCAGCUGAGAGGAUUCAUAUUUUUGGAGCGAGUUAUUGAACAGACAAUGCCAAAAUAAACAACACAUAAGGAAACUUGUGAACUUCAGAUAUCAUGGACAACAUUUGCUCACAGAAGAUGCAGCCUUUCUGUGGAAGGUGAAAACAAGACAAAUCCUGUUCUCCUGGAAGUCCCACUCUGAUUCCAGGUGUUAUUUUGCACUAUAUUAGUGCAGCAAAGAAAGCAUUCGCCAUUGAACAAUGUCUCUAAAACCACGAUUCUUCAAGGCAACGGAAUAUGAAUCUGGAGCACAUCGAUGAAAGUGUAAAAAUAAAUCUCAGAGUGGGACUCUUUAAAGACCUCACGUCCUUUUGUUUUCACUCAUUUGUGCAUUGUAUAGUUUCUAUGAUGUGUCUUUUCUGCUCAUCUGACUUUAAAUAUGUAUUUUUUGUUAUAGUUUUCCAUUCAGACACUUAUUGGUCAAAAUACAGUUGAUGGAAAAAGUGGUUGUGACAGUAUUAUGACUUUUGAUUGGGGGGUUAUGCCCCAUUUUCAGUGUCUGGUCUCUAAUUACACGAAUGAUGUAAGUGUCAAGACAGUGGGUCUCGUUGGAAGACAGAUAGUUUUUGCCUUAUUAUUGACAAAAAAAAUACUGAAGUAUUGGUGCCAUUUCUCACAGAACAGUGAACAUGCAAAAUACAGUAGCCCUACAAAGUAUUUGGACACUGAAGACAAACUUUAAAGGGAAGAUUGGAUGACAUUUUAACUUUUCAAGCUUUUAUUUGUUUAUUUGUUUAUUUAUUGCAUUUAGGUAGUUUUCUGGCAUGUCUGCUAGCUCAGAAAAGCUGAAAAGAAAACACACAGCCAGCUUGUAUGACAUGUCUGGUAUAGACCUAUUCUCGAACAGAUGAGUCUUGUGAACCAAUACUUUAUACUGAAUCAAAAACAUAUACAGUAAUGUGACCAGUGUAGUGUCAGAUUCUUUUUAGAGCAUUGAAAAAAAAAACAUACAACUUGUCCUUUGUUUUCCAUUUCCCAGAUGAAUGACUCUUGUGAACCAAUCAUUUAAACUGAAUCCAAAACCUAUAAUGCAACCAGUGUAGUCCGAUUUCAGGGUGACUGAUUCUUACGAACUGGUUCUUUUUAGGAAGUCAAAAACAUAUUGUGGAUAGUGUGGCGAUAUGUGCUAUUUAUAUGUUCAUUCGUUAUUGUCUGUGUAUUAUAAACCAAUCAAUAUUAUGAUAUAAAGGCCAAUUAUUACAUUGCAUUUAUGCUGCUUCUAAAAGGACUGUGAAAACUGCUAAAAAUAUAUAUAAAAACAGAUUAGAUAAUGUAUUUUUGAAAUCAUGUAAUUUUAAAACAAAAUAAAUUUAACUCCGAUUUGUGUUCUCUAUUACACUGGAUGUAAAGUCAUCCAUAAAAGAAGUGUUGCUGAAGUGUGCAAAUACUUUCUGGGGUCAUUGUACACAUGUAGCACUUUUGUUGGAUCUGAUAUAUAUUACUGUAUACUAUUCUGACAUCAUAAAUAUGAGCUGUCUCACACACUUGCAACAAAUAUAUCCUUAAUUUAUUUUCAAAUGGUUAUACAUUACUCUUCUUCCCCUAAAAAAAAAAAAAAAAAAUGCAAUGAAAAAGAAAAUACAAUUUGAUUCAAUUUGAAUUUAACCUGUUAUAUUUUUAAAAAACAAAGCCUGAAUAUGAUAUACCUAAGAUGUGAUAGUCUAUGAAUCCUGCUGAAAUAUUUCAUUCAAAUAGUACUAAAAUAGAAGAUGCUUUUUAUUGGUCAACUCUCUUCACUUUCCCCCGAUUCAUUUACGCUGCUACAUUAGAGUUGUUUCAUCCGCCGCCAUGCUAGCAGCUGGUGAAAUGAAUGUGUACCUUUAGUUUUAUUUGUAAAUAACAAUGAGUAUUUAAAUCAUAUUCAUUUAUUUUCUAAUGCGCACAAAUGUUUAGUACAUUGCAAAGUGCUCUCGCUGAUCUUUGUUGAUUAUGGUCAUGUUGUAAAGGUCUUUUUUUGUACAGCUUAUGUUUUUUGAUGACCUACAGGUAAUAAAUACUGGUGUAUUAAACAUG